UUUGGGACCACAGAAAGCUUCCUCUUGGCAGCCAUGGCAUAUGAUCACUAUGUAGCAAUCUACAACCCACUGCUCUAUUCAGUUAACAUGUCAGCCAGAGUCUAUGGGCCACUCAUCAUUGCUUCUUACGUUGGUGGUAUUUUGCAUGCCAUUUUAGAAACAGUGGCAGCAUUCAACCUCUCCUUCUGUGCAUCUAAUGAAAUUAUACACUUCUUUUGUGAUAUCCCUCCACUGCUUGCUCUCUCCUGUUCUGACACUCACAUCAACCAGCUUCUACUCUUCUACACUGUGGGUUCUAUUGAGAUAUCCACCAUUCUCAUUGUCCUGAUCUCCUAUGGCUUCAUUUUAUUGGCCAUUCUGAAGAUACGUUCUGCUGAAGGGAGGCAAAAAGUAUUUUCCACUUGUGGCUCUCACCUAACUGGAGUGUCAAUUUACCAUGGAACAAUCCUGUUCAUGUAUGUGAGGCCAAGUUCUAACUAUGCUUUGGGUCAUGACAUGAUAGUUUCUAUGCUUUACACCAUUGUGAUUCCCAUGCUCAAUCCUAUCAUCUACAGUUUGAGGAACAAAGAUGUAAAAGAAGCAAUGAGAAAAGUGUUUGGGAGAAAUUGCUUUACCAACAAAGAACAUUUUUAG